UCUGGCUCUGUGGCAGCUUACGGCAUGCUUACCAAUCCGUAGUCCUUAAGAGAAUCCGUCUCACGUGCCAGGCGUUUGACGGUCUCGUACCGCGCACAGGGAACGACAAGCGACGCACCAGGACUGCGGGACGUGUUUAGGGCCUGCGUUGAUUAUAUCGAGAGAAGUUUCCUAUUUGGGCGUGCUGGAGGAGUGGUAUUUAACCUGCUGUUGUCGACUCUGGUUUGGUCGUUUGUUUUCUUUGUUCUUCUUCCUCUGUUGCUUCUGCUUCUGCUUCUGCCUCUGUUUUUGCUUCUGCCUCUGCCUCCGUCUCUGCUUCUGCUCCUGCUUCCCUGCCCUUCAGCACUCCUCCUCCACAAUGGCUCUCUCUUUGGUAGGCUACUACCUCUUCAACUCCUACUUCACCACCCCCACUGACCCUCUUGCUGCCAGCUUGGGCUCCUCCACCAGAAACUACUUUGAUCUCGACAGCACUCUGAUAGAGGUCCUCUCUGGUACAAACCCUGUCUCCAUCAACAGCAGCAGCGACACCAUCCCCAACAUAAACCUAACCAGCGAGACCAUCAGAAUCAACGGCCAGAUCACCAACGAACUAAUCAAUCUUAUCCAGUCCCAGUUCAUCAACUACCAGGGAAUCAAGGACUUGCUAAUCUCUCCAAACUUCAAAAAGAUUAACAUCCUAUACAACUCAAACUUGAUCACCUCAAACAAAAUUCACUCCAUACUAAACGACGUAAACAGCAUCCUAAAUCUCAAUGACAGUUACACCAGCAGGUUCAACUCCAACUUCAACAUCAACAAAAACAACGCCAACAACACCACCACAAACAUCAACAAAAACAACUUGAAUUUCAAAAAAUUAUUCUACUGCUCUGCUACUCUAACCCUAUUGAUCUCCUUAUUGAUAUCCAUCUCAAUCUACCACUACAAUCAUCUUAAUAAACUAUACUUUAUGUCCUUUUUUUAUCUCUCCCUAGAUUUAUAUCUUUGCUUACACUUCAUUUUUGGCUCUUUUAUCUAUUUAAACGUCUUUAACGAUAACUCCUCGCAAAACACAAACCUCAAUAACAGCAUCAUCAACAACAAAAUCAACACCAGUCUCAGUUCAAAUAGCUCUUCCUUUUUCUUCAUUAAAAACUCCUUCAACUCAAAUUUAAAAUUCAUAUUGACAAAAAUCCUCACUUUGAACUUUUAUUACAUUCUAAUCUCAAAUUUAAUUCUCCUAACUAUCUUCUACCAAAUCUUGUUCUUGAAAAAUUUGUCAAAUCUAAACGCUCUCUCCUUGAAUAACAUCAACCUCUCAAUUAUCUUGGCCAACCAUUAUUUGAAAAAGGAAUCAAAUAAAAGAAUUUGCAAUGAAUUCUUGAAAUAUUACUACAAAAAAAAUAUAAAUAUAAAUAUCAACAACAUCAACAAUAAUUACAAUAACAACUAUACAAAUUUCAAUACCAUUAACAGAAAAAUUAACUCAAACAUUUCUCUCAACUCCAAUACAAACAAUAACAUAAACAUAGAAACUAACAAUUCCAAUAAUGAUCCAGAUAUUAACCUAUCUUUAAAUGACCAACCUCCCUCCUCUAAUAAUGACAACAACUUUAUCAACAAUUUCCAAAAAAAUCAAGACAUUCUAACUAAUCAAAUCCUCAACACUAACAACGAUGACUCCUCAAUUAUUGAUACUUUUGACAAAUUUAAUAACAUUACAAUGUACAACUCAAACGAUCUUUUUAAUAAAAAUAAUAACAACAACAACAACAACAACAUUGAUAACACCUACAACCCCACUAAAAACCUCAACUUCAACCCAGAAAACUACAUCAAUAACGACAACUCCGUCAAUAUCUUGAAUAAUAACAUUAAAAAUUACUUAAAUUUUUUCAAUACAAAACAAUACAAAGCUAAAAAUUAUUCAGAUCUACAAUAUUUCUUAAGAUACAUUAUUUUCAUUCUAUUAUUUAUCUUAUUUUCCUCUUUGUAUUUCUUGAAUUUUUGGAAAAAAUACGAGGAUUCUGAUUCCGAUUCUACUUUGGAUUCUGAUUCAAAUGAUAGCCCGGAUUUAGAUCUAGAUAUCAUCAAAAGUUUCAAUCCAAAUCUUAAAAUAGAUAAAUGCAUCUCUUCCUUAAUCAUCUCCUCUCCAACUCUACUAUUAUUCAUUGAACCAACUCUAUUAGUAGUCUCAAUUCAUGCUAAUAUUGUUAACGGCAUUUACAUCAAAAAUUUUAAUCUAAAAAUCUUUGAAAAUUUAACAAAAAUUAAAGUAAUGAUCUUCAAUAACUUGAGUAUUUUAAACAUCUAUAGCAACUACAAUAAUAACAAUAUUAAAAUCUUUGAAUUAUUCGGUAUUUGGAAAGAAAGCUCAGAGACUUGGUGGAAAAUUGUUAUAGCUUCCGAAUCAUUAAUCAAUAAACCAAUUAGUAACUCAAUCUUAAAAAACAACAAAGAAGACUUUAGCAAAAUUCGUAAAAUUAUUCAAAAAUAUAAUAAAAAUAAUGGUGCAAAUUGUAUCUACUUUGAAGAUGUCAUCGGUAGAGGAAUUUUUAGCACAAUCGAUGUCGAUAAUAUUAGAUUUGAUGUGAAAAUAGGUAAUAUUAAUCUAUUUGAUAAAAAUUUUGUUAAAAACUUAGAGAAAGACCCUGAAUUUAAUAAAAUCAUUAGUAACUACAAUAACAAUCCAAAUAAUGUUGAUACCUUGGGGAAAAGUAAUGGUACCAAAAUUACUUUAGACUCAUUGAUCUACAUUGUCAUUAAUAAUGAAUUAUCUGGAAUCUUUUCUUUAGUUAAUUACAAUGUUAAAAAGGAUUUUGUUCAUUUAAUUAAAUACUUGCAGGAUAGUGAUUAUAGAACUGGCUUUAUGUAUGACUUGAAAAAUGAUACUAAUGCUAGUAAUAAUAACAAUAGUAACAAAAAUGAAAGUCCUUUAACAACAACAAUAUCAGGCUCAACUUUGGCAUCAUCUUCAGAACUUGGAUCAACUCCUACUUCUGGAGUUUCUUCGAUUAUUUCUUCAAACUCAUCUUCCUCUUCUUCCGUUAAUUAUCCCUCUCUUGAAUCCAAAAAAUUCAACAACGAAGAAGAUAUUUAUUAUAAAAUAUUAAAGGCCUUAAAUAUUAACGAAAACUUGAUCUGGAAACAAUUGUUGCCCCAUGAAAAAUUUGAAAAAAUUAAACUAUUAAAACAAAGAUUAGUUAGUGAUACUAUUGGAUAUGAUAUUUUUCUAGGUGAUUUAAGGAAUAAAAAAUUUGACAAUAAUAUUUGUAUAAUUAAUGAAAAUAUUAAUAAUGAAAUUGAUUCAAUGUUAUUCUCAUCAUUAGGUGACAUCAAUAUUUCCUUGAUUUCAAACAGCAAUCAAAUUUUUAAUAAAAAUUGCAAUAUUAUAAUAAUUGAUAAGCAUUUAAAAAAUUUGAUUUUUAUAAUGGAAUUCUCAAAAACGAUUAUUGGCAGAUUUAAAAUUGAUUUAGUAAUCAUUACAAUGUUUACUAUAGUGAUGAAUAUCUUGAUUGGUGGAUUAGGAGAAUACAUAUUUGGAUUUAACCUAUUUAAUCCAAGAAUAUCAAUGAUUCUGGUUAUUAUUGUCAGUUCCAUAAUUCUAUAUACCAAUCUUUCUAUCCAAUAUUACAAGACGCUUAAAACUUGAAUAAUUUAAGUAUAAUUGCUUUCCAAUUUUAUUUAACAUGUACACAUUUUAUGCCGGGUUUUUUAUUUUUUGUAUUUUUUAAUAAUUUUUUUUGUUAAAACUUUCGUUAUAUUUUCACUAAAACUUUCAUUUUUCUAUAUUUUUACUUCUUUCAUCGUUUUUGUUUAUUAUUUCUUUUAUUGUUUAGUUUUUUUAAAUUCUCAUUUUAGUAUCAUUUAAUUUAAUUGUUACAUUCA